AUGCUGGUCCACAUGGCUGUGUCUAAAAGCACCGGGACCCUGCGGGACCUGCAGCUGGCUCUGCAGCUGAAGAUCGAGGAGCUGCGACAGAGGGACGCUCUCAUCGACGAGCUGGAGCUGGAGCUGGACACCAAAGAUGAUGUGAUCCGGCAGCUGCAGCUGGAGAUGGACAGGCAUCGCAGGCCGUCGCAGAACGCCCCCAACGCCGCAGAGAGGGCGAGCACAGAAGGAGCGGCGGUGCAGAAUCCGGCGGCGCCUGACGAGCCGCAGCGAACCAAGAGACAGGCGAUCUCAGCGGAGCCGUCAGCGCUGGACCCCUCCCAGCUCAGUGACGUCACACUCACCAGCUACUGCAAGUCCAAAGAAUCCAGUGAGCUGAUCCAGAGGGCGCUAAUGGACAACGACUUCAUGAAACAUCUGGAGCACGGGCAGAUCCUCACCAUCAUGGACUGCAUGAGUCCCACCAGCCUCGCUAAAGGCUGCUGUGUGAUCCAGGAGGGAGACGACGGCUCCACGGUUUACGUCCUCGAGGAGGGGAAGGUGCAGGUGACCAAGCAGGGGAAGAAACUCUGCGCCAUCGGUCCAGGAAAAGUGUUCGGAGAGCUCGCUAUCCUGUACAACUGCACCCGCACCGCCACCGUGACAGCUCUAACCGACAUCAAGCUCUGGGCGAUCGACCGUCAGGGUUUCCAGACCAUCAUGAUGAGGACUGGUCUCAUCAAACUCUCCCAGUACACAGACUUCCUCCGCAGCGUUCCCUCCCUGCAGUCGCUACCUGAGGACGUUCUCAGUAAACUGGCUGAUGUUCUGGAGGAGACUCAUUACAGCGAAGGUGAUUACAUUAUCCGUCAGGGAGCCACCGGAGACACAUUCUUCAUCAUCAGUGAAGGACAGGUGAAGGUCUCUCAGCAGAACGCAGCCGGCGACGAGCUGCUGGUGGAGAAGACUCUUUCUAAAGGAGACUGGUUUGGAGAGCAGGCCCUGCAAGGGGAGGAUGUUCGUACCGCCAGCGUCACGGCGGUGGGAGACGUCACAUGUCUGGUCAUCGACAGAGAGUCUUUCAAGCAGCUGAUUGGAGGACUGGAUGAUGUCAACAACAAGCAGAACGACGACGACGAGGUCGAAGCAAAGCUGCAGGCCGAGGCAGAUUUCUUCUGCAGCGUCUCGCUCAGUGAUUUCAACAUCAUCUGCACGCUGGGGAUGGGAGGCUUCAGUCGUGUGGAGCUGUUGCAGUUAAAGAAGGAUCCCAGUCGGUCGUUCGCCCUCAAGGUUUUGAAGAAGCGUCACAUCCUGGACACCAGCCAGCAGGGCCACAUCCUGUCUGAGCGCCGCAUCAUGAUGGAGGCUCACAGCCCCUUCAUCAUCAGGUUGUACCGGACUUUCAGGAACGCCAAAUAUCUGUACAUGCUGCUGGAGGCGUGUCUGGGAGGAGAGCUGUGGACGCUGCUGAGAGACAGGGGUUCGUUUGAUGACGGCACCACUCGGUUUUACACGGGCUGUGUCAUCGAGGCUCUGGCGUUCCUGCACUCCAGAGGAAUCAUCUACAGAGACCUCAAACCUGAGAACAUCAUCCUGGACCACAGAGGAUACGCCAAGCUGGUGGACUUUGGCUUUGCAAAGAAAGUGGGUCUGGGUAAGAAGACGUGGACGUUCUGUGGGACUCCAGAGUACGUUGCCCCGGAGAUCAUCCUGAACAAAGGUCACGACAGUUCGGCCGACUGCUGGUCUCUGGGCAUCCUGGUGUUUGAGCUGCUCAGCGGCAGUCCUCCGUUCUCAGGUUCUGAUCCCAUGAAUACGUACAACAUCAUCCUGAAAGGCAUCGACAUGAUCGAGUUUCCGAAGAAGAUCACGAAGAGCGCCGCCAACCUCGUCAAACGCCUCUGCAGAGACAACCCUUCAGAGCGGCUGGGGAAUCAGAAGAAUGGAGUGAAGGACAUCCAGAAACACAAGUGGUUUGAGGGCUUCAACUGGGACGGCCUCCGCCAGGGAACCACAGACUCUCCGUUCACGCCCACAGUGAACGGACCCCUGGACAACGGCAACUUUGAUUAUUUCCCAGAAGACACUGACGACCCUCCUCCCGACGAAGAGUCCGGAUGGGACCUGGAGUUUUAACAGGAUUCUUCAGAGAGAGGAAGUGAAGCCAUAUGAGGAAGAACUACAGCUUUUCAUUUCUUAUGAAUGUUUGCAUUAAAGGUCAAAGGUGUUUUCCAGAUCUGCACUGAAACGUUGAUAUUUUGAAUGUUGGUCUGGUUUUGUCCAAUAAUCACAUCUUUAAAAGAAUCAUCGUGAAUAUUUCAGCCACAUAUCACACAUUUUUAUCUUUCUGGGGUAAAGUGAGCUCCUCCUCUCCUGUCAGUCGUCCUGACCACACUUCCUCAUCAUGGUGACAUCACAAGGGGCCUCAUUUGCAUAAUGCACACCUAGCAGCUAGUCUGACACGCCCCCUAACGGCGCCAGGGCUGCGCUCAGACAAAACGUAACCAAACAUUUAUAUACACGUCAACGUUGAUGCAUUUAAAAACUCUGUGAUAUGUAAGCUUUGCAUCUGUAGAGAACUUUACAAUCCAUCGUGUCACUGUCUCUUUAGUAAGUUUAUAUCCACGUCGCUGCUGAUUGGACGUCUCUGACACGCCCACCAAACCAGAGGAAACAAACCUCGAGGCCAGUUAACACGUUUAGAGGAAACAUGUCGUUAACAAGAAAGUGUACGACAACGUGUUGAGAGUGACCCAGGUGAAGAGAGAGAGAGAGAAGCAGUCAACCAAUCACAGCAGAGUGGAGCAGCCGGCCAAUCAGAGCAGACUGGGCUUUGUUAAUUAAAGAAUUAACUAGAAAUUCAUAACAUUAUAAGAUUUCCUCGGCCAGAAGGAGCUUUUUAUGAUCAUUUCAAUGAGAACAAACUGUUUGACAGGAAGUUGUUUGAACUGGUUAUUAGAAGAUAUUCUGUUUAUUUUAAUGAAGCUGUUUCAGCUCAGUUUGUUUUUUAUUUUUGCUCCAUCUUGUUUGUACGAGAUUCUUCAGCACGAAGGCAGUUCAGGUUUCAGGUUUCAGGUUU